AUGGGGGAGGAAGUAGAAAACAAGCAAGUGAUUUUGAAAAAUUAUGUUAAAGGGUUCCCGGAAGAAAGUGAUAUGAAAUUGAAGGCAACCAAAAUCCGAUUAAAGCUCCCGGAUGGAUGUUCCUCAGGGGCUAUUUUGCCUUUAGGGGGAUUUGGAGUUGCUAAAGUAUUGGAUUCUUGUAAUCCAAAGUUCAAACCAGGUGAUCUUUUGUGGGGAGUGACAGGAUGGGAAGAAUUCAGCAUCAUCACCAAUGGAAUUCUUGGAAUGCCCGGAUUGACGGCGUAUGCUGGAUUUUUUGAAGUUUGCUCUCCGAAGAAGGGAGAACAUGUAUACAUUUCGGCCGCUUCUGGAGCUGUUGGCCAACUUGUUGGACAGUUUGCCAAGUUACUUGGCUGUUACGUUGUUGGAAGUGCUGGAACCGAAGAAAAGUUGUUGAAGAGCAAAUUCGGGUUUGAUGAAGCUUUCAAUUACAAAGAAGAACCCGAUCUUGCUGUGGCUUUGAAAAAAAUUGCAUCUUCUACUAUUUUCUUUGCAGGUAUUUCCCUGAUGGAAAUAAAUGGAAUCGACAUUUACUAUGAGAAUGUUGGAGGCAAGAUGCUUGAUGCCGCGCUUCUCAACAUGAGAGUUCACGGUCGCAUUGCUGUUUGUGGUUUAACCUCACAAUACAAUCUUGAACAGCAUGAGGGCUUUAAGAAUCUGUUCUGCCUCAUUGCAAAACGCGUGCGAAUGGAAGGAUUUCUUGUGUUGGAUUACUAUCACCUCUAUCCGAAAUUCCUCGAAAUGGUUCUCCCACUGAUAAAAGAAGGCAAAAUCACUUAUGCGGAAAACAUAGUUGAAGGCCUUGAAAAUGCUGCAGCUGCAUUAAUAGGGGCCUUCUGUGCUGAAACAAAAAUGAUGGUAAAUGAAGACUUCACUCGUAAAUACGACUACUUCCUCUAUCUCAAAAAAAUAUUAUUGGCAAACUUUGUCAUUCUUACAACUAACGGGUUGCAGCUUCCCGUUCUAGAGAAAGUGUUGUGGAAGGGGCUGAGUUUAAGUUUCCAGUGUGUUUCCAUAUCAACAGGCACUGUUGAGAAUUCCGAUUCUGAAGUCAAACAAAUGUCAAAGCAAGGGCUCCCCGGUACCGAACCUAGAAUGAAUUGUUGUGGAGGGGAAAGGAUUCUUCCACCAUUAAACAUAGACAGAGUUCGAUGUUGA